AUGGAAUUGAAUUGUAUUGGCGCAAUGUGCGCCGCUAUUUCUGGGGAAACUGCACCAGCGAAUGAAGGGCCCUGUAAAAGCACGCAGGAAAGCGCUGCUGUAGAAGCUUUUGGGCAUCGUGCUGUGUCGAAUGUUGCGGACCCUUCGUUUCGGCAGAAGAAUCUUCCAGAAGACGAGGACACGUCAAGGAUGCCGAAGGACGAGGACACUUUUAUGGCCUCUUUCAGUUCUUCCUUGUGCCUGACGGAGGCUGUCCAGACGACCACGAAUACGCUCGGGUCCUCUACAUUCUCUGGAGCUUCUGUGUUUCAGAAUUCCGCCAAUGCCUUAGCAGUGCUCAGGGAAACAGGGACCAAAAAGCUUCUUGCCUCACUCGGAUCCGAGGUUGUCGGGCCUGCCGCCGAGUCUUGCUGCGAUGCCCCCUUAUUUCCAAACUAUGACAGCCACAUGGAUCCAGCCAGCGCUCCCCCACCCUCACCGAAGCAUGAGACAGCAGCAAAAGACUCCUGUUGGCUUGCUGAGGGUGGCGACAUUUUCGCACUGCUCCAUCUGCAGCCGGAGACUGCCGCUGAUGGUAUUUGGAAGUCCGAUGCCACUAAGGAGGACAGCUUGGCGAAGGACGACGAGAGCUGUCUGGAAAUGCCCCAGGUGCUCCCCAUUCCCUCCUCUGCGUCAUCAGAGUUCCUGGAGUCUGUCACAGAGGAGAGGUUUGAUUGCAUGCACGACAAGGAGAUUAAAGAGAAGGUGAUUCUUGUGGUGGAUCCACGGCGUUCAAAGCUUCAUGUGCCACUCAGCGCGAUUUCUCCCACCAGAGCCCUUGAAGUUCGCGCACAAAAUCCAAGUUUGUGCCUCCUCUUUCAGUCUGGUCGUUGUCGCCAAGGCGCCAACUGCCACCAGGUGCAUGUGGAUCCAGAGGUAGUAGAACGCUUGCGCCGGAUCGUUGAUAGCCUUCCAUGUUGCUGCACAUUUCAUGGCGACUGCAAUACACAUUGCUGGAAUGCGAAAGCCAACGCCAAGCGAAACUUGGUGAUCAGUGGGGUAGUGGUGCCGCUCAGCCGUGUGGCCUUUACGAAUGGACUAACUCGCUUUGUUACAGGCACGGCGCAACGGCCCCUGAGCCGUGGGGUUCUCUGUCGCCUGCACGGUAAACCAGGUGGUUGUCGCUAUGGCGCGGAUUGCUGGUAUCUGCACGUGUGCCGUGAAAUCCUGGAAAGGGAAUUUGCCGUCGUGGUAGGAUCCCAAACGACGAAUUCAAUAACUGAAGCUAGCGCGGUGUUGUCGCCAAAUUUGGCUCGAAAGGGUCUAUCUGUAACCCGUGACGUUCAUGCAACGUCAUUGUCUACGCAGCAACGGCGACCUCCGUCAAGUUUUCUUUCUGCGGAGACUCCGUCUCUAGCGGUGACCACAGCUCCCUUUUCGAUACAGGACCACAAAAAUAAUGGGGGAGUCAGCACUGCGUUUGUGAGCCAUGGCCCGGCUGUCCCUUCGGCAAUUCCUUGUGUGUGGGUGCACCCCAAUUCUCUGCCACAGAAACCGGUGCCGACGUUUGCAGGUGUGGCUGCUGCUGGGGAUGCAGGUUUGCCCCGUGAGCGCUUGCUACAGGCCACUGUGGCUUGUGCCAUGCCUUCCCAGGGGGGUUCCUCCAUGUCUCUGCCACGCGAAACUGCCGUGUCGGUGUCCACUUUAUCUCCUCAUAACCGAGCGGCCUUCACGCUUCCAAUGCAGGAUCGGCUUGCAACUUCGCUGCCUAUGCCACCUACCCCACAGUACCGCCUUGUGCAACAAACUCCAGUCGCUGGAAUUACAGGAGUGCAAUUGAACUCUUCCACUUCCGCCGAAUACCAUGCAAUGGGCUUCCAACAGCAACAAGCGCAGCAGCAACAGCAACAACAACAUGGGCCGCAGACAUACCUGUUUCAGCAGGCCCCGAGCAUGACGCUACCUCCGGCAUUUAUUGUUUCCUCCGCUGUUUACGCUUCGCAUGGCCCCCUGGAAGGUUUUGUUCAGCCGCAAGCCAACGUGGGGCCAGGCAUGGCGUUUCUCCCUGUAACCUCGUAUUCGUUGUGA